UUUCCACUUCAGUAGGGAGUGGCUGGUGCUGAGAGAAUGGGCUCAGUAAAGGAAAGGUCCCAGGGUUGCUGAGGCCCUUGGUGAAGUCAGGGAACAGGGACCCCGUGAAUGAGGUGUAGUCAGGACAAGGGAUGAGACAUCACAACCAAUAUGAUCUGAAAGAGACAGAGGAAUAAGCCUAACUGCAGCUCUAUCCCUGAAUAUGCUUAAUUCUGCCCAGACCACAACCUAUUUUGCCCAGAACGUGCUUCCUGUCCUGUCCCAAGUGCAACACUACAGCCUUGUGUCCAUCUGGAGCUCUCGUUUCCCUCAUUCCUGAUCUGCCUCCUCUUCUGCGCUACCCCUUCCUUGUUGGAUACAUGAACGAAAACCAAAAAGUGGAAUGGUUCCCUAUGAUCCUCCGCCACCUCGGCUGAGAUUUGAGGGGGAGACCUGUCCCCUCUCCUGAAGCUGGAGGAAGUCACCCUGCCAGGGUGUCGGGGUAUACGGCAGUGUAUAACACAGAGUCUGUGCGGUUUUAUCUCCCAACGCCAGACAUGGUGGAGAAAGAGGGAAUGGGCAAAGGCUGCCAUUGGACCUCGCAGAGGAUUCUGGGAGUGACGCUCUGUGUUAUAAUCUCAUUGGCUGGAAUUGGGGUCAUAGCUUGGGCUGUAGUGACGUAUGUUUUGAAGAACGAAAACCAAAACUUAUACGCAGUCCAGGUAAACCUUCCGGACCACCGCUUGUCAGUGUACGAUGAGAAGGAAAAGGUGUGGCGUCUGGUCUGCUCAUCUUUCUCUAACCCAGAGGUGGCGACAUUGAGCUGCGAAGAAAUGGGCUUUAUCAGGUCAGUGUCUUAUCAGGAGCUCCGAGUUGAAACAGCAGGGACCAAUGGAACAUCAGGAUAUUAUUGUGUGCGGGAGUCUCAGAUCAACGUUGCCAAGAGGCUUCUAGACAUCCUAACAGUCUGUGAAUGCCCAAGUGGCCAGUUUCUCUCUGUGCAGUGUCAAGACUGUGGUCGCAGGAAAUUGGCCAUUGACAGAAUCGUAGGAGGCCAAGAUGCCACCCUUGGUCGGUGGCCAUGGCAGGUCAGCCUGAGAUAUGAUGGUGCCCAUCUGUGUGGAGGAUCCUUGAUUUCCAGUGAGUGGGUGCUGACUGCUGCACACUGCUUUCCAGAGAGGAAUCGAGUAGUGAGCCAGUGGCGUGUAUUUGCAGGGGCAGUAUCCCAGCUCUCACUAAGAGGAAAGCUGCAGGGAGUUAAAGGCAUCAUAUACCAUUCUGGGUACUUACCGUUCCUCAACCCAGACAGUGAGGAGAACAGCAACGACAUUGCCCUGGUGCAUUUAGCCCAUCCCAUGACACUCACAGAAUACAUUCAGCCUGUGUGUCUUCCUGCUCUGGGACAACAGAUUAUUGAUGGAAAGAUCUGCACAGUGACAGGGUGGGGCAAUUUGCAGUAUUAUGGCCAACAAUCAGAGAUACUGCAGGAGGCAUCAGUUCCCAUAAUCAGCAGCUCCGUGUGCAACCAGCCUGAAUACUACAUGAAUCAGAUUACAGGGAAGAUGUUCUGUGCGGGAUACGCAGAAGGUGGGAUCGACGCCUGUCAGGGGGACAGUGGGGGUCCGUUUGUGUGUGAGGACAAUUUAUCGCGCUCUUCCAGGUGGCGUCUGUGUGGCAUAGUGAGCUGGGGCAUAGGAUGUGCAAUGCCAAACAAACCCGGGGUAUAUGCCAAGGUGGACCAGUACCAGUACUGGAUCUACAGGGCCAUGAAGACAAAAUCCGAUGUAGCUGGGAUUACUGAGAUGCCAUAAGGCGACAAGGAGACCCU